AUGAAGCAUCAUGAAGACGAGCGCCUCCAAGCUUUUCUUACCAGGUUUAACCUUACUAAGAGCAUUGUGAUUGAAUGCCAUCCUACAAUGGCGGUUCAAGCGUUCAAGUUGGCCAUGACUCGUUGCACUCCGUUCCACACAAGCCUGGUAGUGAACACGCCGAAGACUAUGGACGAACUCAAUGAAAGAGCUGAUGGUUUCGUGCGUCUAGAAGAGGAGGAAGCAGCCAACGCUCAGAAAACAUCCAUCAUAUCAAUAGAAGAGAAGACCAAAGCAAAGAUCAAGCAAAAGCAAGCUCAGCCACAGUGUCAGACCCUUUGGAAGGCAGAUAAGAGGCCUAGAGAGGAAGAGUUGAUCACUUCACUGAAGGUCACUCUGGCGAGGCUAUACCAGGAAAACAAAGAUAAGUUCCGUCCACCUCUGCCAAUUUGGCAACCUCUCGAACAGAGGGAUCAGACUAAGCACUGUGCUUUCCAUAGCGAUUUUGGUCACCAGACUAACGAAUGCAGGAACUUAAGGAGGCAGGUGGAGAUGCUGAUCGCCAGAGGCCAAUUUACAAGUUAUAUUCAAGGGCCUGCAGCAGAACAUAACCGACCGAUGGAGCAAGUGAAAAGGAGUCAGAAAUCGAGCUCCCAUAACACACAACCAAUUCGGAUAAUAAAUGUGAUUCACGGUCUGCCUGAAUUAAGCGAAGAGUUAGGCGAAUUACUCCGAACGCGUCUUCGCCAAGCGUAA